AUGGACGUGGACGUGGACGUGGACGUGGACAUGGACGUGGACAUGGACAUGGACGUGGACGUGGACGUGGACGUGGACGUGGACAUGGACGUGGACGUGGACGUGGACGUGGACAUGGACGUGGACGUGGACGUGGACGUGGACGUGGACAUGGACGUGGACAUGGACGUAGACGUGGACGUGGACGUGGACGUGGACAUGGACGUGGACAUGGACGUGGACGUGGACGUGGACGUGGACAUGGACGUGGACGUAGAAAUGGACGUGGACGUAGACGUGGACAUGGACGUGGACGUAGACGUGGACGUGGACGUGGAAGUGGACGUGGACAUGGACGUGGACAUGGACAUGGACGUGGACGUGGACGUGGACGUGGACGUGGACGUGGACGUGGACGUGGACUUGGACGUGGACGUGGACGUGGACGUGGACGUGGACGUGGACAUGGACGUGGACUUGGACGUGGACGACGUGGACGUGGACGUGGAGGUGGACGUGGACGUGGACAUGGACGUGGACGUGGACGUGGACGUGGACGUGGACAUGGACGUGGAAGUGGACGUGGACAUGGACGUGGACGUGGACAUGGACGUGGACGUGGACAUGGACGUGGACGUGGACGUUGACAUGGACGUGGACACAUGGACGUGGACAUGGACGUGGACGUAG